AUGGCUACAGAGAAGUCUGUACUAGACAAGGAAGUCGGCAACAAUGCCUUUGCCUCCAACGAGAAACGACGCAACAGCACCCAGCAUGUUCACGCGACUCUAGAUGGAAUCAGAGAUCCUUCUGAACCUGAUCUUUCCGUCGGUGCUAUCCUCAGAGGUACUGCAGCAACUCCUUUGACUCUCUUUGAGAAGAAGGCAGCAUUGAUCAACGCCGAAUUGGACAACUUCGGCUUGGGAAGAUAUCAGAUAUGCAUCUGGUUCUUGUGCGGUUUUGGCUACUUCCUCGAUCUAGCCUGGGCACAAGGUGUCGGUCUUAUCGCAUCAGCUAUUUACCAGGAAAUGAACGUGCCUGAUGGCAAUACUGGUCAGAUCUGGGCUUUGGCAAAUGCUGGUCUUGCUAUCGGCGCUUUCUCUUGGGGUAUCCUUGUGGACAUUAUUGGUCGAAAGUGGUCUUUCAACCUCACUUGUCUGAUUACUUCCGUGUUCGGUCUUUUAUUGGCUGCUCCCAAAUUCAACUACGACGCAAUUUGCGGUAUCUACUUCCUUGCCUCGAUUGGUCUAGGAGGAAACAUCCCGAUCGAUGCAACUAUUGCCCUGGAAUAUCUCCCACAGAGACGACGUAAUCUUGUCGCGUUGUUGUCCAUGUGGCAGCCAAUCGGUGUCGUCGUCGCUUCUGCUAUUGCUUAUGGCACCGCUGCCAAAUACCGAUGCGAUAUAGAGUUACCUUCCUGUCGAGCUGUGGCGGCUGGUGAACCAUGCUGCACUGUCUCAAGCAACAUGGGUUGGAGAUAUCUGGUCAUCGUUCUUGGUUGUAUGACACUGGCUGUCUUCUUCCUGCGAUUCGUCGUCUUUCACUUCUACGAAUCACCCAAGUUCCUCCUCAGCAGAGGUAGGGAGGCAGAGGCCAUCGAGGUUCUGCACAAGAUCGCAAAAUUCAACAAGGCACCACCACCAACAUUGACAGUAGAAAUGUUCCGAGAAGUUGAGGAGAAUUCUCCAGAGUUACCUCUACAAGCAGGCCCUCAAUCUACAGCACAAACCACCAAGAACGUAUUGAGCAACUUUGUCAACAGCUUGAAGCAUUUAAAAGGCUUGUUCGACAACAAGCUGAAGAUUUUUAUCUUCGUCCUACUAGCUAUCGCAUACAUGGGCGACUACUGGUCCUUCAACCUGGCAGGUGCCUUCCUCCCAAUCAUCCUUCUCAGAAACGAAGUCUCUACCGGUAGUGGCACAGUCUCCGAGACAUAUCAGCACUAUAUCAUCAUCUAUGCUCCGGGUAUCAUCGGUGCCGUUCUAGCGUUGAUCUCCGUCCAGCUCCCUCUAGUCGGACGCAAAUGGUCCCUUGUCUUUUCGGCUAUCUGCCAAGGUCUCUCCAUGGCCAUGUACACUCAGGUCAAGUCAACAGCUGGUUACGUCGGACUCAACGCACUCGAGUACCUCAUGCAAACUUAUUUCAACGCCGUCUUAUACGCGUCGGCACCCGAACUUUUCGACACCGCCUACCGUGGCAGCGCCAGUGGUAUGCUCUCUUGCCUGGGUCGUAUCGCUGGUAUCGUCGCACCUUUUGCAGGUCAGCACUACCUUGCUGCUUCAAGCUCCGGCAUCUUGUGGCUCGGUGCAGGUGGUAUCUGGCUAUCGGCAUUUGUCAUGGUCUUCCUGCCUGUCGAGAUGAGGAACAGACAGAUGUUCUAG